AUGGCGACGGUCUUCGCGAGAGGAGCGCAAACCAUGAACACCAUGUUUUUCAAGCCGGCGGGGCGAAAGGCUUUCCAUAAGAAGAGCACUUCAGCAGAUAUGAUACGGGAAACCAGGAAGUUUGAAGGUGAUGAAAUGAAGAACAGAAGCCAUAUGAGUAUGGGACCAGAAAAUGAAGGCAAUAUUUCCUGGGUUCCCCAUGAGAAGACUGGAAUUUAUUACCCCAAAGGCCAAGAGAAAGUGAUGGACGAAAUUUCUGAAGCAGCUAGCAGGGAUAUGGGUGUCAACUGGUUCAAUUAA